AUGCAACGAAUUCCAUCAUCUUGCAUGGAAACUACUUUGAAGUUGAACACAAAUGGCAGUUCUUCAAAUAAUUGUUUAACGUUUGAUUGGAGUCAAAUUUCAAAUUUGACCACAAAUUACACUACCUACAUUAAUUCUGAUACAAAUCAAACAUAUUAUGCACAAGUUGGUGCAUUGACUGUUUUGGGUAAUAUUGACAAUUACAGUUUAAAUUAUGAAUGCCCACCAAUUGGAUACAACGGAGUCGAUUCGGGUUGUCAAACUCAGUCAAAUACUGAAUUGGUUGUAUUACAUGUCAAUGCUAUUGAUCGUAAAUUAUAUGCCAUGGAUAUUAUUCUGUCUGGUACUCCUUUUCCUGCGCCAGAUAAUUUGAAGGAUAAUCAACCACCUUUUGGUAAAGCUCAUCACCAGUUCACCACAGGCAUAUCAGUACAAUCUGCUGGCUAUUUUCAAAUUUGUAAAAGUAAGAAUAGUGAUCAGUGUCCAAAUAAGAAUCUCGAUGUCCAUAGACUACCACAUCCAAUACCAAGUAAUUAUGGGUAUGGUAUAUAUGCCAUUCAAGUAUUAGACUUUGUUACUAAUGCGACAUGGAUCAUGGAUGAUUCGAAUAAAUUACAUAUUGCUGCUAUAGGUACUAUUCAUUAUUAUUUCAAUACAACCGGAUCUUUUAUAUAUGAUUCGACUACAAAAACAUGUACAUGGUCAAAAUCUUGUAAUUAUGCUUGUGAAGUCUAUGAUUACAAUUCUCGAUUCUUAGACUUUGGUGGUGAAUGGAUAAUUACAAAGAAAUGGGGAAUUGAAGACAUGCAACCACAAGCCGUAGAAACUUGGAUUGGACAUACAAUUGGUGCUGCUGGUGUCUUUCCAAUUAUCAUGUAUACCGAUAAGAAAACUGGUCAUUUCUUAGGAGUAGACAAACUUGAUGCAGCACCGACGCUGAAAACGGGCGCCACAUUUUUUUUUACGGAUCAUGGUAAUACAACUCCAAGAACUAGCAUCGAAGCCUAUCAUCCAAAUGUUGUAGAAGCUGGAUGCGUUAAAACCAUAACUGAAUGGAUGGGAGUUAGGAACAAUACUGAUAUUGGUUUGAGAUUUGACUAUAUUCUAAUCAUGUUUCUAAUCUUUGUUUUUAAAUAUCUUUCGAAUAUAGAUGUAGAACUUUUGUAAACAAUUCAAAUCAUAUCAUGUAAAAGUGACUUAUGUUUGUCAAGGUAUUUUACUGGUCGUCAAACGAUGUUCACACAAAAAACAAGAAACAUUACUGCACUGCUCAACUUGUGAUGAUAAUAAUUAUAGUUUGCAGCUGCAAUGGAUCCAACAGUGUAGUCAUUUUAUUUAUCUACUUAGAGGAUACCAAAAAUAUCGAGACUAAUCUUAUAUAAAAGUAUGGGAUGCUUGAGACAAAAUUCUAUUGACACAAAUGUAGCACUAAAAGUGCUCUACAUAUUUGUAUUAUAGUAACAUUAGUCAAGUGAUAGUAUCAUAUGAAAAAUUUUAAUGAAAACAAGGUACCAUUAUUUUUUAAGUCGGAUAAGGCAAAUGUUCGUUGCUGCAUUAGGGUGCAUACUGCACUUAACCGUCAACCAAAUCAAAUUAUGAUGAAUUAUAUUUUGUCUUAGGCGGUCAAGCAUCACCAUAUAAUACAGUUGCCAAAUUAUGAAAACAGUUUCGGAAAGAGCAAGAAGAGACUGAAGCUUAAAUCACGACUUAUUCGAUCUGUAACCGAGACAAUGUCUGAACAUAUUGAUGAAGUUCGCUGGUUCAUUGACGGCGAACCCCAUCUUAUGAUUGAUGAAAUAUAAAUAGAGAUUGGUAUAAGUCAUGCUAUAUUCGAACGGAUUGUUUCUGAUUACCUGAAACUGAAAAAAGAAUGGCUAUCAUCGGGAUAACCCAGAUUGCUAACAGAUACUCACUGUAUCGAACACAUUUGGUUUUGUCAAGAAAAUUUUGAAAAACUUCAGCAUAGAACGUAGUGAUUUUGUGACGUAGUGACAGAUAAAGAGUCAUGAAUUUAUCAUAGAUAAAAUGACUGAAAGUCAUCGAAUUCUGCAUGGACACCUGCUGGAGGAACUCUGUCUACUAUGGUGCGAUGCAGUGACUUUCUUCAAAAAACUUAAUUUUAUAUUUUUGUCAAAAGUACUAGUCAAGUGUGAAUUCAUCAGGUUGAUCAAGUAGAGAUUCUCGACCAUCACUAUUAUGUCGAUGAUUGCUUGGAGCUUAUAGCCAAGAAAAUUUGCAUGACAAAAUCCAUUUCUAAAUACAUAUACUAUAAAACUUCACCACGACAUCGUCACACCACAUAUGCAUAAAUAUGUUUCAAGCUAUCUCUAAUCUAAAGGUAUAAAACCCAUUCAGCAAUCACUGAAUUCUCUAGACUUGAUACUAAAUGGAUUUUGUUUAUUCAAUGUAACCAAGAGCAUCAACUCGAUUAACAAAGAUGAUCAUCAAAAUAAACUAUCAACAAGCGAUUUGAAGGAACUCAAUUGUGUGUGAAUAAUCAGGAAAACUACUGUCAACAUUUCAAGAAAUAAAAUCUGAAAUUACUUGUUUCUAAAUUUUUUUUCUUGAAAAUCUCAUUACUUUUGGUAUGCCCUAAGUAUUAAUAUCUGAGAAAUUAGUAUUUUAAAGAUAAUAUCUUAAAUUCGAAUCAGUACAUGAUGAACAGGGUGUGGGUGUGCGGAUGAAUGAGAAGAUUCACACCCAAACCCUUCUUCUAUUUCACUGAAACUUAUUUUGUACAGAUAACC